AUGGCGAAAGAAACAACAUCAACUCGUUGUUGGAACAAGUUUAGGGUAGAAUCGGUUUGUGCUCUGUGCUCUCCCCUCUUCGUGAGCUUUGCCACCGGCACUUUGGAUGCCGAGAGCUUCAGACGUUCUGUCUCGCAUGAUCUCCAUUUUUUCAAUGCCUCCGCUCAAGCAUAUGAAUUGGCGGCGGAUUGCGUAGAAAAUGACGAUGAUAAGAAGGCCAUAGGUGAUUUGAGGAAAUCGGCACUCCAGAACUUUCAAAUGACCGACUUACUUGCCACAGUAUGCUCACCUAUGAUCUCUACUUUUCUAAUAUUCAAAUCGGCUGGCCAGAAUCUUCCAUUUGACGAUAUACUUGCCCAAGCACUGCGUGGAAUUGAAGGCUUGAAUGACAGCAUUUCUAAUGCGACAGUCAAAUACAGAGACUUUUUGCUUGCAAUUGCGUCUGGAAAAGUUGAAGACAUACAAGUUCCCAUCAAGAUCACAACUCCCUUCGAGAAGACCAAAGUCGCUGCUUAUACACUCGGUGUGAUCGCUCCUUGUAUGAGAUUCUAUGCCGAUGUUUAUCGUGAGAUACAAGCCCCUAUAGAUACUCCUGAUCCCAGGCCCUAUCAUGGUUACAAGAAAUGGAUUGAGAAUUAUACUUCUCAAGAUUUUCUGGCAUCAACUAUAGAAACUGAAGAUUUGCUGGACAAGUUAAGUACUUCUCUGACUGAGGAGGAGCUUAAUGAAAUAGAGAAUCUGUAUCACCAAGCUUUGAAGCUCCAAGUAGAAUUUUUUGCUGCUCAACCGAUUUCUCAGCAAACUGUAGUCCCAUUGUCUCGUGCGCAGGAGCUCAAAAAUCGAAAGCUUACCAUAUUUUGCAACUUUGACUUGACAUGCUCUGUUGUCCACUCCACUGCCGCACUGGAAGACGCAGCAUUCUCCAAAUUUCAGCUUGUGAAGAAAACGUGGGACGAUCUGUCUGCACAGCACGUUGAAGAAGUUGAAAAAUGCUUGAAUAAUGUCAAUUCUGGCAUGCUACCAGGGCCAGAAAAGAAAUAUGAUUAUGAUGGCUUGCGCAAAAAACUUGAACAAGUUGCAGAAGUUGAGAAAAAUGCAAAUGCAAGGGUGGAAGAGUCAGGAAUAUUAAACGGUUUAACCCUAGAAACCAUAAAACUUGUUGGCAACCAUAUUGUUCUUCAUGAUGGUUGUAGAAGGUUUUUCCAAAAGAUUGUUAAAAAAGGAAGAUCAAUCAUUGAUGUUCAUGUGAUUUCUCACUGUUGGUCUAGUCAGCUCAUCAGAUCAGCUUUUUCUUCAGGUUCAGACGUCCUGAAUGUACAUUCAAAUGAGUUAGCUUAUGUUGCGACGGGUGAAAUCCUUAAGAAGGUGGAAUCUGCACCGGAAAAGCUCCGAUCUUUUAAUGAAGUCCUAAAAGACCGUAAGAGCGAUGUGGGGCACUUGACAGUUUGCAUCGGAAGGGAUAUCAGCGACUUUCUUUGCUUGCUUGAAGCAGAUAUAGGCAUUGUGAUCAAUCCAAGUCCAAGGCUGACAAAACUUGGUCUUCAGUUUGCUGUCAAAUUCGGCCCAUUGUUCCCUACCUUGGUAAAGAUGCAGAAAGAUCUUGCUAAGGACAGUUCCUCUAUUUGGAAGCCAAGCCCUGGCACAAUUUAUGUGGUCUCCUCAUGGACUGAAAUUGAAGCAUUCAUCUUUGGCUUGUGA